ACAAGUAGAAUUUAUUGAAAGAAGUGGAAUUUAUAGCGUUCUGCUGUGCUGUGUUCUCUGUACGGAAGGCGACAAACAAAAGUAUCUUGGGCAGCUCUUCCUCUUUAAAUAACAAAGAGAAACCGUGGCUUUUAAAAAUGCUGGUUUGAAUUUCAUGUGUAAUUGCUGCAUUGGUCUGUGUGGGUAAAGACUCAGGUUUUCUCCAUUACCUUCUUAAAGACACAUGCUGGCAGCCUGGCUUCUCUUGUGGUCCUCGUCUCAGGUCGGCCAGGGCUCGGGUGCUGGGAGAAUCGGGCGAGCAUAUGGCCACUUCCCUAGCCAGUGUGUCCCGGAGCAGUCGGAGCAGUCGCUGGAGCUGGAGGGCCAGGAGGAGGAGCCUUUUCGUGAGGGAGCGAGCGAGCUCCCUUCCCUUUCUCUCGGCUGUGCUGUGCUGAGCUCCUGGCUGCAGGCGGCGGCCAAGCAGACCGCGGUGUAGCCGCAGCCUCCCGGUGGGGUGCCCGCCAGGAACGCAGGGACCAUGGGCCAGCUUUGCUGCUUCCCCUUCGCCAGAGAAGAGGGCAAAAUCUGUCAGUUGGAAAGUCCAUCUUCUGCAGCCCUACAGAGAUCCAGCAAGGAUAGAUUCAGCGGGCCAAGUGGUGAGAAGGACCGAAAGGAGCCUGAGGAUGCUGAACUGGUCAGGCUCAGUAAGAGGCUGGUGGAGAACGCCGUGCUCAAGGCUGUCCAGCAGUACCUAGAAGAGACACAGAACAAAAAGCAGCCGGGGGAGGGGAACUCCGUCAAAGCUGAGGAGGGAGAUCAGAAUGGCGAUGGCAGUGAUAACAACCGGAAGUGAGAGCUGAAGCCGGUCCGCUGCCCCUCCGCUAAGUCGCAGACUGACUCGCAAUGUGCUAGUGAAGUGUCUUGUUCAAGCCCCGGAGAUCACCUAGUGAUUGACGCGAUUGAUGAGUUCGGUUUUGCUGCGACACAACAGAAAAGAAUGGGGUGCUGGGACCAGCAGAAGGAAUUACUUUACAGAAGAACAACACGCACAAGGGGGAGCCGGCACUUCGGACCGCCUGCCCGACUCAAAGGGCAGAGGGAGAGGACUGGUCGCCGACGGAAUACUGUUCUGCCGUUUACAUUGCUUCGAUCCUUUGACUACUUUAUCUGAGGCCAAAACUUGCACACAGCUAUCAAGUGCUAAGUUCACUUUGUCACUGUUGAAAUGACCAUGAGUAUAGUGAGUCCACAAUGUUUCCUGUUUGUCCCCCCCAUGUGCUUUUACCACACAGUGAUCUUUAUUUACAGUAAAUUGAGGUUUGUGUAAAUUAUAUAUAUUUUUGGCAAAUGCAAUCUUUUCUAUGAAAUGUGGGUAAUGUUGUAAAGGUUUUUGAGCCUUAUUUUGAUAAAGUCAAUUGCCAUAUUUAAUGUCCUCCGUUGAUAUUUGUACUUUAAAUGUAUCAUAUAAUUUUCCCCCUUAGGCAAGAAACCAGUUGGAACCCAAGACUUAAUUAACGAAGCUUUGCACCGAGAAAGGAUGGAGCUGAAGUCCAAAGUGAAACAGAUCAAAGAACUUUUGUUAAAGCCUGAGACCCAGGCCAAGAUUAGAAAGGAGCUUUUUGAAGGAAGAGUUUUUAAUAAUGGUGACCCAACUGAUUUCAACAUGACUUUGCCAUAGCUCUCCACUGCUGUUACGCUUGCUCACAUGUUUAUGAACUCUCAGCCCGUUAAAUAGCUCUUUUGGUGAGUAACCAAAGUAUUCUUGCGGUCUCUACAAAGCCCACAAACCAACAUUUGGUAAGGAACUAACAACUUCUUGCCAAAGAAAACAUAUUUUUGCCUUAUCGUGGUCACCAUCAUCACCGUCAUCGUCGUCAUCACCACCAUAAAAUUGAGUUUUAGAAUGUUCCUUUUGGUAUCUUACUCAUUUUAUAUAAAAACUUCUUAAUUAGCUGUUGUAAGAUGUUCCAUGGGUCCUUGCAGAUAAUAUUAUAUAUAUAUAUAUAUACACACAUAUAUGUACAUACACAUAUACUCACACACUUUUAAAAAUCCUUUAUAGACAAAAACAACAAAACAAAAUAAAACCAACAACAGUAUUCUAAGGGUCACCUGCCUCCUGUCGAUGUGGCCCUGUUACUUCAAAGGAAGCAUUGUCCGGGCCUGUCCAGUCUCACGGUCCUUUUGCUGAGCGUUUGAGUGCUUAUUGAGGAUCAGUACUUGAACAGACAUUAGUAAACGUAAUCGUUGUAGUCACGGGUUCAGAAUGUUUUAUACUAUCUAUAUUCUCUUUUUCAUUGAUGAAGUACAGUUUGCUUUUUUUUUUUAUUUCUUCGUGAACAGUGUUCAGGGUUCCUAUUUCCUACUCUCUGAAGAUGAGCCCAAGCCUGCGUUCUUCACGGUUUGAGUAGCUUGCACUGGUUCCUUUGUAAAUGAGCAUUCUUGAGUGUUAUUCGGGUAGUCACUUUAAAAUUGCUGCUACUAAUAGAUGAUGGGGAAAGAAAGUGAUUAGAGAUUAAAUAUAUAAUCAUCUCACAGUCCAGUUUGCUCGUGGAUUUUUGGCUAUUUUUUUCCACUGGGUAAAUGAUGCAUUAAUUCAUGAUGUAUUCCUUUAUACGUUCCUACGUUUUCAUGCCUCAUAAUAAACGUACUCUUUCCUCUA